AUGCUCGCUGCCAUAGGCCUCGUCGGCCAGCACUACCUGCGCUUUCCAAUAGCUGUUUUCGAUGAGCUCCCCAACGGCGUCGGUGCCGUUUUCGAGGUGCCUGGGCAGAUUGGCCUCUUCACGCUCUUCGGCGUCGCGCUGCUGCCUGAAUUCAGCACUCCAGAUGCCUCGAAGGAAGUGGGCGACUUUGGAGACCCUUUGAACUUCCAGCUGCUGACCUUCGGCGCGGAUCUCCAGGAGCUGCGAAACCGAGAGCUGAAUAAUGGCAGGUUUGCCAUGUUUGCGACGAUGGGCAUCCUGGCUGCGGAGCUGGCGACCGGCAAGGACGCCAUGGAGCAGCUGGGCCUCACUUGA